AUGAAAGCCACCGCCCUUAUGGUCUUCAGCGACUCCAAGCUGGUGGUCAAUCAAGUAUCAGGGGAGUAUGAGGCAAGGGAUGAAAGAAUGGCCAAGUAUCAAGCGUUGGUCCGAGAAGAAAUCAGGAAGUUCCCUGCGAUAAGAGUGGAACAGAUCAACCGCGAAGAAAACAACUCGGCUGACGAAUUGGCUGGGCUCACCUCCACUCAGACAGCUUUUCCUAACCCCUUGAUGAUAGAGUUUUUACCCCAGCCAAGCAUUGAGGAGCCGGAAGCAACCGAGGUGCUCUGCACCGACUUGGGUCCUUCCUGGAUGGAUCCCAUCAUCGCCUUCUUAAAAGAUAGAGUUCUACCAGAAGAAAAGAAGGCAGCCCACAAAAUCCGAGCAAAGUCAGAGCGGUUUUGGCUCUCCCCAUCUGGAGCCUUGUCUAAGAGGUCCUUCACCGGGCCGUAUUUGAAGUGUGUCCACCCCGCCAAAGUGGAGACUUUUCUCUACGAAAUACAUGAGGGCAUCUGUGGAAGCCAUACUGGAGGCAGGUCCUUGGCUUACCGAGCAAUUUCCCAAGCAGCACCGGGCAAUCGCAAGUUCUUCAUCGUCGCCACCGACUAUUUCACCAAGUGGGUGAAGGCCGAGCCACUGGCGACCAUAAAGGAAAAGGAUAUGAAGAGGUUUGUUUGGCAAAACGUCAUUACUCGUUUCGGUAUACCCAGGGCCCUCGUCUCAGAUAACGGCACUCAAUUCGAUGGGAAGCACUUUCGCGGAUUUUGCGAAGAGUUGAAGAUCGAGUUCUACAAUUCGAUGCCGGCCUAUCCUCAGUCUAACGGUCAAGCAGAGGCCUCAAACAAGACCAUCUUGGAUGGGCUAAAGAAGCGGCUUGAAAAAGCCAAGGGGAAAUGGGCUGAGGAACUUCCCAACGUGCUCUGGGCAUACCGCACUACCCCAAGAAGGUCGACCGAGGAAACCCCAUUCGCUUUGGCCUAUGCCGUGGCAUUGGAAUUAGACCUUGCCGAGGAAAGAAGGGAGCGGGCACUAAUCCACAUCGCAGCUUAUCAACAAGAACUCUCCAAGAAAUACAACAAGGUGGUGCACCCCAGGCUAUUCAAGGUUGGGGACUGGGUUUUGAGAAAGGUACUUGGCAACACGGUGGUCCCUGGCGAAGGAAAGCUCGGUGCGAAUUGGGAAGGACCAUACAAGACCCUUAGCCUCUUGGCACUAGAUGUAAAAGAUAGCAAUGCUUUUGUAAUAAAAAUAGCACUCUUGUUUGGUAUUACAUCUCUGUACAAUGAAAUCGCAAGGACACAAGGCAAUCAUUGA